AUGACCGACUUGGCUUCACUGGAAGUGCUGUCGGAGGGUGCCCUGAAGUUUUUGGCACUGGCUUGGCCGGAGGGAGAACGAACUGCCCCGGUGAGCGAGGCUCUCGCGAUUCCGGUCCUCAAGAGCGGCUCGAGCGUUCUCCUUUGCAUUCCCUGCGGGUUUUUGUCUCUGUCGGCGCUGGACGCAGGACAGACUGCGGAGGACGACGCCCUUCUUGGGCCUUCCCGCCAGGUGACUCUUCCUUUUGGCAACACGGACGAGCAGGGACUGGAGGUGCCAAUCGACCUCGAGCAGCCGGUGCUGCUUGUCGACUUUUCUUCGGCAGUGCUGGAGUUUCUCCGGGAUUUGGGGGAAGAUCUGGUUGCCGAAGGGGUGUUCCCUUAUAUUCUUCACCAGCCGGACGCCACGCCUUUGGGAGACGAGCUUCUGACUGCAGCCCGCUCUUGGGUGAGGGAAUCCCCUGCGGAGAGGAUCGCCUUCUACUCGGCCCUCGAGGAUGCCGAGCCAAUGCCUGCCGAGCCUCCCGGCCCGAAGGCCCCAAAGGGGAAGAAGGCCACCGCUGCCAAAAAGAGGGUCACGACGGCCGACCUGGCCCAGCAGAUGACCCAACUUGUCUCCAUGCUUCCUUCCCUUACCGAGCAGAUCACUGCAAUGAAGGAGCGACAGGAGACUUUGGAGAAACAGGUUGCCGCGGGUCCUGCCCAACCGACCCUUCCGCUUCAACCGAAGCCCGCUCAUCAGCAGCCCUUCCUUCCGAGCAGGGGCCCAGGAUUACCUCUGGCCAAGCAGGCUUCGUUGGUGGGCCCGCCGCCCAGGACGCGACCUCCCGCUGGGGAGGCGGCGCCGGCCCCUCUGGAUGCUGCCGGGGCCCUCGAUGGAGACACAACUCUCGACCCUGCCCGGGAGCCUCUGCAAGCGGCCCUUCUUCAGCAGAGUCAGGCUCUGACCAGCCUUGUGAACCACCUUGUUUCUCAGCAGGACGGCGGCCUGAGCGAUCUGGCUUCCUCGAGUUCGGCAGGUUAUGUGGGUUCCAAGGGCGCAGCCCGCCGGGAGAAGCUUCAAGGACUCCUGGCCAACCGGUCGGGCGACUUCUUCCUCUCAGUGGUGCAAGCUGCCUCCAAAAGGCUUCAUCCUUCACAGCCAUCCCCGACUUCCAUCGCCGCUUGCUCGGGUCAGGUGUCGAUGUGCCAAUACCUCGAGAGGUUCGGUGGCUACGCAGGUCACCGGGAGACUGGCUACGUCAUGUGGUGCCUGGCUCACGUGAUGGACUGUUUGAUCCAACAGGACGUCACUGGGGCUCAGGAGUUCCUAGCCCUGACUUUUGUGGCGCUGGACCAGUCCUCGCUGGACGGGGGCCGCUGGGACUUUGCUUGGCUGCUGACGCUUCUGGAGGAGCCACCUGCUCAGCUCUUUCAUGGGCGUGGUGUGAGCGCGAACCCGCGCACCCGUGCGUUUUCUCCGCUCUCACCUGUGGGCUGGACAACCUGUGCCCUUCAGUACCUGAAGGAGGUCGACCUCAUAGUCACGCGGCUUGAUCGGCCUGCACCGCCUUCUGGGGCAUUGUUCCCGUUGCCUCUUCCUUGUGAUGGGGCUUUUGCCCGCUUCCCUUUGGAGUGCAGCUCUCGCUUUAGGCGGCGCGUCAUGCACAGGCGCCUCCUGCACAUCGUUUGCAUGGCUUUGAAUUUCUUGCAUUCGAACUUUGUGCCAAUCCCCCUUUCUGCGCUCCAGCGGCCACACAAUGCUGCACAGCGAAGCCUCGUUGCGCAUGUUGGUCGCCAUUUGAAGGCGUUCGGUGCCUCGGUCGGGGAGUUUAGCCUCUCUGAUUCUGGCCGCCGCAAUCCCCAAUUGAUUGCACGACUUUCUGAGCUUUUGGCUUUCUUGUCGGCCUCCUCGGCCGCCACGGGGGAUGCUUAUGCUGAUCUUUCAGGCACUGCCGUCCCUAUGCACAACGAACUGCGUCCCGGGCUUGAUCCUUUCAAGUCUCUUGAUGUUUCGAGGCUGCGCCUCUCGGGCCGUGGCGCCUGGGAUCCGCUUCCGCAUCUUCCUGAUGAGCUCUAUAUGGCUUAUGCGGAGCCUCGCUCGCUGCAUCACGGCGCGCCGCCUGGUGAUGAAUUCCUUCCUGUGUGGACCCGCGAGAGCCCUGCCCAAACCGCCUCUCUUGCUUCGCUUUGGGACGAGCUUGGGCUCCUUCGUCUCGUUCCUGCCUCCAUCUCCUGUUCGGAGAGCUAUCGUCUGGCACGAGCAUUCAACUGUUACAAGACCGUCGACAAAGACCGCAUGAUCAUUGAUCGCCGUGGGCAAAACGCCGCCGAGGCCAGGCUCCCUGGCCCGAGCCUCUUUAUCCCAGUGGGGCCGAUGCUUGGGAUGCUCGAGGCCAAUCCUGGCAAGCAGUCGGUCCUUUGCGCGGCCACUGACAGAAAGGAUUUUUAUCAUCAGUUGCAGGCCGGCGAGAACAAAGCGGUUUGCAAUGCGCUCGGCCCGGCCCUGCCACGGGCCCAGGUUCAGCACCUUAAGGCUUUUCGGAACCUGCUCCGGCCUCCUGCCGAGUGGUUGGGUGGAUCUUCUUUUGCACUUUCGGGUCAGAGGCCCAGCCUGCUUUUCGAUCCCUCCCAUUUUCUGAUCUGCUUCGGCGCUGUCGCUCAGGGCGACCACCUUGGAGUGGAGUUUGGGACAGCCUGUCACUCCUCUGUGCUUUCCGCCGGUGGGUUGCUUGCCGAACACCAAAGACUCUGUGCCAAUCGGCCUUUUAAGGGCCUUUCCGCCGCAGAGGGCUUGGUUAUCGAUGAUUAUUUUUCGGUGUGCGUCCACGACCUGACCUCGCGGUCGCCCCCGCUCUGCCUGAGCCACCUCUGGGCCGCCAAGAAGAUCUAUCGGGAUGAGGGCUUGCUUGGCUCUGAUGAUAAGGACAUCCUUGCCGAGCCCUUUGCCAAAAUAGCUGGGGCCCAGGUGAACUCCACGGCCUACGCUCGCAGCCUCGGCCUGAUUACUGUCUCCGCCCCUUCGGAUAAAAGGGUUGCUCUUGCCAUGGUCACACUUGAGGCAGCGAGGUUUGGGAGCAUCACUGACAGUUUGCUGCUUUCCCUUAUCGGCAGCUGGACCUCGGUCGCUUUGUUCAGAAGGCCGCUUAUGGCUGUGCUUUCUUCGGCUUACGCUGUUGCCCCCGGCGCUACCGUUAAUGCCAGCCUGCCUCGGCUUUGCCUUCUGCCCCGUGCCGCCUCUCAGGAACUCGUUCUUCUGAGCGUUUUGUCUUUGCUGGCGGCUGCCGACCUCUCUGCUCCUUUUGGUGAUUGGCUGUAUGCCACGGACGCUUCUGAGCGUAAGGCGGCGGAUGCUUCGCUUUUGCGCCCUCUGUGGCGCACUGCUUCAAAGAAGGGGGGUUAUAGUCGGCUCUUCUCCAAGGAGGAGGCCGUGCUUGCCAGGUUCACGGACAGGGAGCCCUAUGACCUUCGCAUGCAGGCCGGACCUUCUGGCGCUUCACUUUCGCGCCCCCUGGCCUACUUCUUUGACUUCCUCGAGGCCGGUGUGGGCUGUGGUCAAGUUAGUUCUGUACUGACGGGAUUGGGUCGCUCGGUCGGUCCCUACCUGGCUCCUUGCAACAGCUCUGCCUAUGAUUUGUCGAACCUGCGCACUUUCGAGUGGCUUCUUUUCUUGAUCCAGCAUAGGCGGCUGCGGUCUCUGUUGCUCCUGCCUCCGACCACCACUUUCUUGACUUCCGGCUGGCCUUCGAAGCGUUCACGUGAUUUCCCCAAGGGACGCCUACCGCCUAGCUCGCGCACCCUUCGUGCCAACCUCCUGGCUUCGCGGUUUCUUGCGGCCUUCUUCUCGGCCCUCUCGUGUGGUGUCGUCUGUGUCCUUGGACACCCUGGCAGCUCCUACCUUACCUGUUGGCCUGAGUGGCGCCGCCUUUUGUGCAUGGGGGCUACCGAGCUCUCUUUGUGCCUCGGCCCGUUUUUGGGCACAUGCUGCAAGGAUUGCAAGUUCCUUGUUUUUGGCAUUGAUCUUUCUUCUCUUCUGGUUCCUUGCCGCCUUUGCGCCUCGGCUGUAAAGACUUCGCUUCGCAGCGGCUUGGACUUUUCAUUCCCCGCUUCUUUUGCCAAAGCUUUAGCCACUGAGUUUGACCACGCCCUGCGUCGGGUGUCUCACGUCGACUCGCACCUUCGACUGUCGACCGAUGGGCUCGAGAACCCCGUCCUGAAUGACAUUGUUCUUUCAUUGUCAUGGGAGGAGGGCUCCGCUUGGACUUGGCGCUCCCCCACUCACAUCAACAUUCUGGAGACGGCCUCGAUUCUUCGACUUCUUCGUUCCCUUGCACCUGGGGGCCCUCAGCGAGUCGUUGUCCUGGUUGACUCCUCGGUUGCUUUCAACGCCUGCGCCAAGGGUCGGAGCCCAUCCUUUGGCUUGAUGCCUGUCCUCCGCAAGAUCGCUGCUGUGUGCCUUGCUUCGGGCUUGACGGUUUCCUUCCACUUUGUGCCGACUCGCCUUAACCCGGGUGAUUGCCCCACGCGCGACUUGGAUCUGCCUGCUCCCCUUGCUUCUUCCUUUUGGGGCAAGCUUUCCCAUGAUGAGCUCUACGAGGGCCUUGCUAUGCCCAAGCUUCGUCGGUGGGCCUCGAAUUGGGCCAGGCUGGUUUGUCUUACUUGUGGCUGCCCUCCUGCUUUCAGGCCUUCUUUGGGCUGGCGUGCUCUCAGAUCCUCUUCGCGCCUUUUCGAUUCUUCCCUUGGCUAUCCUGGAGAGGGUCCUUCUUUCAGGGUUUUCCUUUGGGGGUUUCUGUUCUUCAGGGUUCUAGCUGUGCCGAGCCAUGUUCUUCGCCCGCGGAAUGCUGCUGACGAGAAGCGUUCUGCUGCCCGUUCUGUGGUGCUGCUUCCUGAAGGCCGCCCGGUUGAGCCGGUUACACAGAAGCGGCGCGAUAAGCUCCUCGCCGCAUUCGCCGACUGGCUUCUGGAACAAGGUUUUGAGUUACUGGACCUCUGUGACCUACAGCCGGGAAGCACAAAGCGACUCAACCAGAUGUUGGUCUGUUACGGCCGUCAGCUUUUCGAUGCUGGCUGGCCUUAUUCUCACUACUCUGAGGUUAUAAACGCUGUCACCGGGAAGGAGCCCGGGCUGAGGAGAUCUUUGCAGCCUGCUUGGGACCUCGCUUUUGCAUGGCUACGGGAGGAGCCUCAUUCUCACCAUGUUGCUCUCCCCUGGCAGCUCUUGACGGCGGCCUGCUCUCUGGCUCUGUUGUGGGGAUGGCCGAGGGUUGCAGGAGUUCUGGCUCUUACCUGGGGCGCUGUUAUGCGCAUUGGUGAAGUGUUUUCUGCUCGACGACAGGACCUUCUUUUGCCGGCCGAUGUUCGAGGUACUAUUUGCUUUGGUCUGGUUUCGAUAGGCGAGCCCAAGACUCGUUUCCGUGGGGCUCGGCACCAGUCGGCUAAGAUCGAUCAACCAGACCUGCUGGCUAUUGUUACCUUGGCUUUUGGGCAUCUGGGUGCUCAUUGUAAGCUUUGGCCAUAUUCGCCGGCUACCAUGCGCAGCCGCUUCGACCAGCUGAUUGCCAAGCUCGGUGCUGACAGGUGGCGGGACCAGGGGUCUCGCAAGUUGGACCUUGGUUCACUGCGUGCAGGGGGGGGCCACAUGGCUCCUUCAGACUUCGGAGGAUUCUGA